AUGUCUCGGAAACGGGGGCACAAAAUAUAUGCGUACGUUAUAUGCGAACAGUUUUAUCGCACAACUCAAUGCAUUUCUGGCGUAACGCUGUCUGCGAACGACUCUCGCGAUGACUCUCAAAAUCGCACACAAAAUGGCCGCCAAUUGCGAGACACGAGUCACCGCUCAGUGAACGCCAUAGUCUUCAGCCGUUUAAUACACCACUCGUUGGUAUUCCUCCGCAGUGUCUGCCAUCCCGUGUGUGUCAACAAUCACCACACCAUCGCAUUGGACAUCACUGGCCGUCAGCCCAUGGCGUCGACACCGAUGCCUGUGUUUGGUCGCCAACUAUCCGCCCCUCAGCCAUGGCUGGGAAGUAGUGUCCACUCGUAUCACAUGCAGUCGAUGCCGGCCAUGGAUCCGGUGGUGAGUUCGCUGCGCGUGCGACGCCCCCUAUGGCCGCCCCCACCCGCACAGACACCGCCCGUCACUCACCACCAGUCGUACGCCUAUAACAGGCAUCAGCUGAAGACAUGCGUCCAUUCAGUCAACUGUCAAUGCGGUGGACAACCACUGCGGAGGUCGUUGAGCACGUGCUUCACGCAAACCAUGUCUACCGAUGAUAAUACCGGCGCUACGGAUGAGACAAUGGGUGAGUCAGUGGCGCCGCGAAUGUCUGUCGCGGACAUCGACGCGCAGAUGAAACACUUGACGCGCGUUAACCACGAGCUGAGGGCGCGGCUGAAGGUGUUGUCCGACGCGAAGUCAGCGGAGGUUACGGCGAGCAAAGAGUUUGUCCGCAAACUGGUCGACCACUACGAAGACCUGCUAAUCAACUGCUUCGGUGUAUACGUGCGCGAAGAGUACGACCGGUUCGCCGCCAUCCCAGCGAUGGCCAAGAAGUUGGAGCCCAUUAUGGAUCAAAUGAGACGCGCCUUCGCGACGAUCGAUGAGCUUAAGGAUAGGCUUAAGUAUGGCAGCGAUGGUAAGCGCGAUAUCAAUGGCAAUGUGGAGGAGAAGGCGGUGGUGACCGGCGAGUGGCACGAGUUGGUGGAAGUGGUGCACUGUUUGCCAGAGUUUCCCGAUUUGUUGGCCUUUUAUAAGUCGGUUUUAGAUGACAUUCCCAUUUCGCUGCCCAGCGCUCAGCUCCAGGUGCUCAGCAGUUGCUACCGGCGCCCAUUGACUUCACAGCCAUCACCGCUACAGCAUAUGUCCAGCCCUUCCCAAGUGGUAACAGAUAUGGCGCCCAAACCGCAGGGUUUAAGGCGACCGCGACUUCCGAUGAGCGCCACUAAUGAUAUUGCGGUCAAAGCUAUGGCACCGGAUGUUAAGCCAGUGAUUGUCAGCGUAAACACUGCCGCGAAGACUAUGCCAUCAAAUGCUGUCAAACUCGUGGCACCGACUGUACGUCCAGUGAUCACGAGUCCCGGAAAUACCGUUAAGACACUCCCGUAUAAUGCGGACAAACGUAUCGCACCGGCUGUUCAUCCGAUGGUUUCCAAUACCGCGAAGACUAUGCCAUCGAAUGACGUCAAACCAAUGGCACCGACAACUCCUCCACCGGUUGUCCCCAACGAUAAUGCGAUGAAAACGAUGCCAUCGAGUGCUGUCGAGCCGUCAGUGCGUCCAAAGGUUGUCAAACCGACGGCACCGCCCGUUAGCCGCCCGCAGCCGAAGACUACACCAACUCCUGCGGUAAAUGGUGUUCAGAUGAAGCGCCUAAUGGUUCCAAUGGCUGACAAUAGCGCUAAGAAUGUGAGCGACGAGUCGGAUGUACGUCCGCCCAGAGGUCCGCCACCGUUUGGCGCCAAACGUAAACCGAUGGGAGCGGUAGCCGUGCCAUCGGUUCCCAAUAGCCCGCAGUCGACUACCGGUGCUCGAAGUGUCGCACCUUUGGUGCCAAAGGGACCGCAAAUCAAAUUGUUGGCCAAACUCCGCGACAAAUACCCGGAUCUGUCGGACGAGCUAUUGAUGGACAGUAUGGCGGAGACUAAGCGCCGACUGAUAGACACCGGCAGUGGACAGGGAUUCACUGGUAUGCGAAUGGCGGACAUUGUGGCGAAGAUCGGCGCUUAUAUCGAUGAGCACGCGAUGGCUAUGAAGGCAAUGGCAUUGUUCGGACGUAAAGACAAAAUGACGGAUCAGAUGAGUGCCGAAGUGGACGACAACACUGUGGAGUCGAUUGUCUGCUACGUCUGUAUGCAAGCGAUCGGUGAUGACGUCCGACACGAGACUGACUGUCAUCACGUGUUUCAUACGGAUUGCCUCAAUAGCUGGGCCGAGGUGUGUACCGGAUGUCCCGUCUGUGGCGAGGAUUUGGUGCCUAAUAGACAGCCCUUCCCAUCGAUUGUCCACUAAUUUAAUGCUUUGUUUUGAUAACAAUUAGUUUGAAUACUUAUUAUAUGAAUAGAAAUUUAUUUGUGUUUUUAGUGUCAUUUCACUGUUUGAUUGACUAUUGAAUUGUAUUUUAUAUAAAUUUAUAACUAUUUCUGAAUUUAAUAUAAAUUAUUAUCUAUUUAUUCAUAUGUUUAUAAUAUAAGCGACGUUUGGUUUUUGACUUUAGAUUACAUUAAAUGUAUGUUUAACUCAAA